UAGAUAUAUAGAUUAUAUUAUACAUAUAUCAUAUCAUAUCAUCAUAAACCCCCAACAAAUUCUCACUCUAAUUUCCAACCAAUUUCACCUCAAUUCUCUCCAAUUCCUUUGCCGGUGUGCCCCCUUUCUUGGGUCUCUUUUCAAUACCUCUGCCGGUACGCCUUGCGGCACACGUUGCAUCAGCGUCAUGUCCACUUCUACGAUGCAGCGGGCAAAUUCAGCUGAUUCGUCUUCACAAGAACAAUCUUUAGACAGAGAUUCACAGUCCGAUGACGUUGCGAGCGAGGAUGAAGGUGAUGUCCGCAAAGAAACACAUAAUUUGCCAUAUUUCGCUUCAGAUAGCAAUGGACAACAGAAUUUCCAACACGGGACGCCAAACAUACUUCCUAGGACUGAAGAAACCCUUGCACCGGGCCCACAACCUGAACAUGUCGGCCACUCAGUUGCUUGUGCACCAAAUCCUUAUUAUGAUCCAUAUUACGGUGGGAUGAUGGCAGCGUACGGUCAGCAUUUGGUUCAUCCUCAGUUUCUCGAUAUGCACCAAGUACGGAUGCCGUUGCCUCUCGAAAUGGCACAAGAACCCGUAUACGUGAAUGCCAAACAAUAUCACGCGAUCUUGAGGCGAAGACAGUCCCGCGCGAAAGCAGAGCUUGAAAAGAAACUUAUAAAAGACAGAAAGCCUUAUCUUCAUGAAUCCCGCCAUCAACACGCCAUGAGAAGAGUGCGAAGUUCCGGUGGUCGUUUCGCCAAGAAAACCGAAGCCGAAGCGUUAAAGAACGCAAGCGAUGAAAAAAACGCAACGUCAUCGAGUUCAUCAGGUAUGAAGCGGGCCCACUCGGAGUCCACCGAGAGUUUAAACACCCACCAAGAAACAAGGGGCGGGAUAGUCAACUCUUGUAACGGUCACCGGCAUGACAACCAAGAAACAAGGGGCGGUAUGGUCAAUUCGUAUCAGUUGCACUCUUCGGACAUAGGGGUAGGAGAGGGUGGUUCGUUAGGGCAGCAGUGGACCGGCAUGCAGUCGAACCAGGCUGCACCGAGAGCCGUUGCGAUGAAGUGAUAAUGAGGCCUGAUGAUCUUUCAUGCACAGCGCGGGAAAUCAUUCUUGGCUGUUUUUUACAUGGAAGGGAGAGGGUAAAAAGGUAAAAAGGUAAAAGGUAAAAGGCCGUUAAGUGGUCUGUUAUUUUUAGUUUACGGAUUCUUUUUUAGUGGUUGUGUACAAAGUAUAAUGCUUUUAUGAGGUUUAGACUUUAGAAAGAACGAUUUAGGGUAUUUUCGAGCGAGUUCCUUAUCUAUAACAAGUUAAGGCCGGUAUAAGUUUAGAAUAUCGUA